AUGUCGAAGGAUAGAAAAACACAAAAGCAGAUGCAAGAGGAAAUUGAAAUGAAAAUGGAAAAGAUGUUGCAGGAAGCCAAGGACAAGGAACAGAGAGAUCUUGAAAUGCAGGAAGCUGUACGACAUCUGUCCCGGGUGCCCGGCAGCUGUCCCGUUGGCAAGUGCAACGAGAUAGUAUUCCCAUCAAAUAUGAUGAUGCACAUGCUGCACAAGCAUGUGCAUAGUCUGGGCACUACGAACUCUGAGAUCUAUGAGCACAAGCCCCUGGUCCUGUGCUUUGAUCCGACAGGCUACGAGCACGGCGUCAACAACUGCAUGGCCACGCUCAUGUACGGAGGAGUGAAGGGCAAGCCGUCGACACAACCAGGCCUCAGCUAUCUGAGCAAUCCGAACUCUGCGCUUAUCAACGAUCAUCACAGGUUCGACAAUUAUCUGCCCAUAAUGAUGAUGGUCUGCCGCACCACCUGGUAUGCCCAACUCAAGGAUAAGCAGCUGGAGCGCCAGCUGGUCUCAAUUAAUGCCAACAAGGCCGGCAUCUAUGUCUUUUGGCUGGUCGCACCCAAGACAACUCGCAAGAUCUACUACACGCUGACUGUCUACGAUCGUUACUAUCUGAACUCGCGCAGUGUUAUUCGCGUGGUGCGCGACUAUACUCACCAGCAGAAUCCCAGCGAUUUUCUGCCCAAUGAGGAUAACUAUCUGUUGCUGCGCGACACGGAGGUCAAUGACUUUAUGAACAUGAGCAAGUCAGGCCCCAGUUCGGACUCAAAGCUGAACAAACUCGGCAUACCCAUAGAACUCAUCAUCUACGAAGAUCCGAAGAAUCCGCCCGUCCGGCAUAGCAGUCAAAGGGAGCUACAGGAGGCACUGGAACAGGUACAAGAGCUGUACAUUAAAGACAGUAUGCCACGCAUCAAGGGAUCUGUAAAGCGCGCCUUCGCGCGCAAAGUGCCACAGGCCAGAAAGCCGCGCUCAAAUACAACAAGCUCCUCAACGGUAUCUUCUCUAAGCCGCAGUUCGAUGCUCUUCAAGUAA